UCCCAUUGCCCAAGCCUACCAUGAUACUUGAUUCACUUACCAGAUUCAAUUAUUUGUGCCUGCCAAAGCCAUCAUGAGCCCCUCUACUCUUGUGGUCAAAGCCGACCACCUUCCCUACUACACUCCCGCCAAUAAUGCCGGCGCUGCCGUUCAACCCCGCGAUGCCGCCACGCCGACCCUCUUCCGCCCGCUGACGAUCCGCGACGUGACCCUCAAGAACCGUGUCGUGGUCUCGCCCAUGUGCAUGUACUCCGCUGAGCCCGAUCUGUCCUCUCCUCAUGUUGGCGCCCUAACCGAUUAUCACAUCGCCCAUCUGGGCCAUUUCGCCCUCAAAGGCGCCGGUCUAGUGUUCGUUGAAGCGAGCGCCGUGCAACCGAACGGUCGCAUUUCCCCUAAUGAUGUUGGAUUGUGGGACACAGCCCCGGGGUCGGAGCAAGUCAAGGCUCUCGAGCGGGUCGUACGCUUCUGCCAUGCCCAGGGCGCCAAGGUCGCGGUGCAAUUGGCCCACGCCGGACGCAAGGCCAGCACAACGGCUCCUUGGUUGGCCAAGGAGGCCGGGAAGCCAACCUUGAAGUCGGACGAGGACGCAUUCGGAUGGCCUUCUGAUAUUGUCGGGCCAUCAGGUGGGAAGGAACAUAUCUGGGACGGCACAGGCGAGGGAUACUGGACGCCACGGGAGCUGAGCACGGAGGAGAUUGAUGAGCUGGUCAAGGCCUUUGCCAGAAGCGCUGAGGCGGCCGUCCGAGCUGGUGUGGAUGUUCUUGAAAUUCACGCAGCGCAUGGAUAUCUUCUGAACCAAUUCUUGAGUCCAGUUACUAACAAGCGGACGGACAAGUAUGGUGGGAGCUUCGAGAAUCGCACCCGACUUCUGCGUGAGGUCACGACGGCUAUUCGAGCGGCGAUUCCCAGCGGCACCCCGCUAUUUGUGCGCGUGAGCGCGGUCGAGUGGUUGGACGGGAAGGCUGUGGCGGCCGAGUCCGGCACUUGGGAUCUCGACAGUACUAUUCGCUUGGUUGCGGAUCUGCCGGAGCUCGGAGUUGAUCUAGUGGAUGUCAGCUCUGGUGGUAACCACAAGGACCAGAACAUUCACAUGAGCAACAAGAAUUAUCAGGUCGAUCUGGCAGGCCAUGUGCGCAAAGCCAUUCGGGAAGCGGGAGCAUCGACACUUGUGGGCAGUGUCGGAUACAUCACGGAAGCAGAGCAGGCAAAGGAGAUCGUCGAGGGAGCGGAAGAGGCUCGCGCAGCGGAGGACACUCUGUCUGGAUCAUCCCCACGCGCUGAUCUGGUGUUUCUGGCUCGCCAGUUCCUGCGUGAACCGGAGUGGGUGCUCAACGCCGCGAAGACGCUGGGAGUCCCCAUUGAACACCCGGUUCAGUUUAGGCGGGCCCUCUAGCGGGCCAGAAUUAAGGUUAUGAGAAACGAUCCGACUUUUGUAAAUAGAUUUGUAUGUUCUGAAUAGAUUUUUGUGUGUG